AUGAUCAAGGCAAUCUUCUACAGCAAAUUCGACACGCAAGAGGGUAUGUCAAACCUUUACCAUGCAUUACCAGCUACCAAUUAUCUCCAGGUCCCAAAGUCGUCCACCAAGUCCCCGAUGGGGCUAUCGUUCCCUCCCCCCACGGCACCCGCGCAGUCACUGUACUUGACCUUCUCCGACGUCUCCUUCUUUGUGAUUCCCCGCCAGGGGCUCUGUGGAAACCUCCUGCAAGUCUGCACCAAUGGAUACCGUAUCCUGGGAUACCCAAUUUGCAUGAAGUCAGCGCGAUACGACCGCAAUGAGUUCAUCUUCAACUUCUGCAUCGUCCUCGCCGAAGAGGACGACUUUAGCACGUACAAAAGCGUGGUGCAGAAGAUAGCAGAUCUGAUGCACGGCCUAGAGGAGCAGAAUGGUUUUCUCUCCCGUGAUUUUUCCAGAAGUGGGGAGGGCAAGGUGCAUAGUCUAUGCGAGAUGCUGAUGGAAGAUUUGAAUAACUAUUGCGAGUGCAUGAUUCCUAUCGAUGAGUUGAAUACUCUGAACAUUAAGCUGUUCCCAAUUUAUCCCUCUCCUCCACCGGUCAAGGCCUGGCAUGUGCCACUCUUCACAUUGCGGUAUCAGGCCUUUAUGGAUGAGAAUUGGGACUUGACCAUGCAGCGGAUUGUCCCUCAUAUCAACGGCAUCAACAGUGUCCGCAUCAUCUCCAUUCUAGCAGACACAGACUUCUCUCUCACCUGCCGUGCAAUCCGCCACCUCCUCUACUAUGGCUGUCUAUUCCUCCUAGACAUAUUCUCCUUCGCAGCCAUCUACGCCCCAACCGCCCAAAUUAGCGCAACAAUCGGCAGCGACGAAGCAAUGCAACUAGAAUGUGCCCGCUACGUCAACCUUCGCUUCGCACCACACUUCCCAAUAGGCCCGAGCUCACCUCUCCCCCCAUCCCUCAUCCCAGGCGGAAGCAGCGCAAACGGCAGCGGCACAGGCCCCCUCUCAAGCUCCCUAACAGACCAAGCCCCAAGCCUAAGCCGCGAUGACUCCCGCUUCGACGCAGAAGAAAUCUGGCCCCUCCUCGGACCCCCAGAAGAAGCAGACACCACCACGAACCACACAAACGACAGCACAAACCCAGCACUCUCCUCCUCAAGCGACACCUCCACAGCCUUAUCGAACAACCAAACAAUCCCCCUCCACAAACCAGCCAUAGUAGACGGUGUAGCCCUAGUGGAGCUCUACGCCAGCCUAAAACAAGGCCAAAGCGUCAAACAAUGGUACGCCCAGCACAGCAGAACCCUAACAAACAUCGACAUCCGCCGCUUCAUAACCUUCGGCGUAAUCAAGGGCUUCCUCUACCGCGUCCACAAAUACGCAUGUGCAACCGGCCACGCAGCGCUAACCCCGCGCGGUCCGGGGACGGCCAUGCCUACGCCUAUCCCAACGGCUACACCCACACCUGUGGCAACGGGUCCGUCGUCACGCGCUACGACAGGGACGACGACGCCCUAUACUGUUUCCAGUGUUGGGGAUGAAGCGCCUCUUUCGGGGAGGGAGUCUAGUCGGGAACGGGCUGGGUCAAUCCUGAGUGGAGGACGGAAUGGACAUGGGAUUGGGAAUGGGGCGGGCUUCUUUGAGGAGUAUGAGGUUGAGGAGGUUGAUAAUCGGGUUUUGGAGAGGUAUCUUGAUGGGACGCAUUGCUUUGAUCAGAUUUGUACCGAGUUGGAGCUUAGUGAGAGGGAGUUGACGGCUAGGUUGAAGAGGUAUCCUGGGGAGGUUUUGAUUUUGCAUCGGUGA